AUAGUAUACUAUACUAUCUUAGCAGGCCCAUAGGAUUAUUCACGUCAGGGAAAAGCUCAGCUUGAUCCCUCCCAACAGAUGGCCACCCAUCCACGUCUAUGGUCUGGAUUGGGCCCGUUUUCCAGGCAGGAAGGGGGUUGGGCUGGAUGUCCUUUGGGGUCCCUUCCAGCGCUGGGAUUUAUUGGAGGGGGCGAGGAAGGAAGUGGAAAUGGGAUUGUUUUCCCGAGAACGAGGCGGCGCCGUGGAUUUAUUUAAGAGGCGACAGCAACUCCGUACCUUUGGCUCAGAAGGAAUUCUGCCGGCGACGGAAAGACAAGAGACGUCGGGAAUGGCGUGGCUCGCACUCGGGAUCCUGCUCGGGCUGAUUUGGCGCAACGGCGGUCUCCCGACGCCCAGGCUGACCAUCCACCCCGAGGCGCCGCUGGUGGAGCGCGGGGAGUCCGUCCGGCUGACCUGCUCCAUGGACUGCCCCGGCGGCAAAGUCCAGUGGGAAGGCCUGGACACCGACCUGGGCAACGUGGUCUCCAACGGCAGCCACAGCGUCCUGACCGUGGCCAAGGCCAGCGUCCACGUGGACGGAGAGAAGCGCUGCGCGGGGCAGUGCCGGAAGCGGUCCUACCAGGCCAAAGUGGACCUGCGCGUGUACGCCUUCCCGGAUACUCUGCAAGUGGAAUCCCUGACGUCCGGAGAGGCGGCCCGGCUGGUCUGCUCCAUGAGCCACGUCUACCCGCCCGGGGGGCUGACGCUGAGCUGGUUCCGGGGGUCCCGGAGGCUGGCGUCUGCCCCGGAGGAAGAGGAGGAGAUGGGGGGCUCCCCGGAGCAGCUCUUCCUCUACCGAUCCGUCCUGGAAGUCCCGACGCCGGCGGAAGGCACGUCCUACACCUGCAGGGCCACCCUGGAGGUCGGGCAGCAGGUCUUCUCCAAGGAGAAGGUGGCCAACGUCAGCCUCCGAGGUGAAGCUACACAGGGACCACCCAUCGUGACCUCCACCCUUGAGACAGUAAGGACAACCCUUGGGCUUCCUCCAGAUCCGUCCACCACCGAGAUCUCACUUGUGGCAACCACGUAUGGACUUCCUCACACCACAACCACACCUACCGUAACAUCGAAAACUGAUAGUCCUGGUUCGACGGUGUCGAGCAGACCUCUCUCUCGCAUGGUGGAGACGUGGAGUACGUCCCCAGAACCCGAGACUCGGGGUGACCCCACCACAGCCCAGGAUUCGGCGGGACCCGAGGUCACCACCAGACCUUCUCCCACGGGUGACGGUGGUCUCACCACGGUUGGAGUCCAUCUUUCCCGUGAAGCAGACCAUUGCCAGCCGAUCGUCCAGCUCAGUCCUUCUCAAGGAACCGUCGGCGCAUCUCUAACCAUCUCGUGCCACUUAGCCGGGUGUAGAGACGGUGGUGGAGUCCAGUGGGCGGAAACGCCGCUGCCGUCGUCUUACUACCGGGUAGAAGAAGCCGAGGGACGGUCCACCCUGACGGUCGAGAGGGUUGGCGCGGAACACCAAGGGGUCUAUCGCUGCGUCGCACGGACCAGCCCGAAACGGGUGGCGACGGCCCGUGUCGUCGUGUCGGACGCUCCCGUCAGUCCGGACACUCUCAUCUCCGUUGGAACGGCUGGGUCUCUCCUCGGACUGGUCGUCACCGGGUACGUGUCCCACCGCCUUUGCCGAAAGCGGGGUUUGUAGGAUUGUAGGAACGUGGUAUCGCUUUGCUGGGGUUUCGGAGUGGCAUUUCUUCACCCCGCCCUCCGGAAACCGCAAAUCCCACCGGCCGUAUCCCGCAACAAUUCACGGAAACUCGGCCCUAAUAACGGCAUUUAGCACGAUCCAACGCCACUCCGAACCCAGCGGACUGUUAUUAUUAUUAUUCGUAAAGCUCGAACCCGGGACAUACAAACGUUGUAUAUCAACAAGGCCCGUUUGGGCGGGACCAUCAACGGGGACGACGUAGGAAGUAAAUAAAAGGGUUUGACGUGAAAUCCCAGACUGGUACAACGGGUAUAACUGAUGAGCAGAUCAGAUCCGGGGAGCGGGGUGAGCUCCCACUGUUAGCCCCAGCUUCGAAAAUAAGCAAAUGUGAGUAAGCAAUAGGUACCGCUCCAAAGGCUUAAGGCCACAUGACCUUGGAGGACAGUUCGUCUACCUGUUCUACUACCAACCACGUUUCGAGUAUCGACGAAUCGAUAAUUAGUCAUGAGAAACAAGUUACGAGGUCUCCAGCUAACCAAUUUAUUGACCAAAUCGUAUACAAUUCUUUCUUAUCCAACAUAAUAAUGUAUUUCUAUGUACAGUUCAUAAAACGUAUCAAAUAUAUACGUUGUACAAUGA